CCAAUGAAAAACAGUCAUGGGCGUGGCGCUGUCAAACUUCGGGGGGCGGGAUCCAAAAGGCCGAGCCGAGGAUGGGGCCCAAGGCGAAGCCAAUGAAUAGCCACCAAAUGGGCGGGGCGUCGUCUAGGGCCGAGGUUGGAGCCAAUGAGGAGCGGCGCCGCGUCCCCGCUCUCCCCAAGCCCCUCUGGGGCGCGCGCCGGGGCCACGGGCAGCCGUUAGGGGCGGGGCCUGGAGCCACCCGCGCGAGGCUCGCGCCCUCCCCUUUGUGUCGCCAUGGCGGCGGCGGUGGCGGCGACGAGGACGACGAACGAGGGGUCGAGAGCGGCUGGGGCCUGAGGGAGCUACGCGACCAUGGUGGCUCGCAGCACCGACAGCCUGGAUGGCCCAGGAGAGGGUUCAGUGCAGCCCCUGCCGGCCCCCGGGGGCCCCAGUGUGAAGGGGAAGCCUGGGAAGAGGCUCUCCGCUCCGCGAGGCCCCUUCCCGCGGCUGGCUGACUGUGCCCACUUCCACUAUGAGAACGUGGACUUUGGCCACAUUCAGCUCCUGCUGUCCCCGGAGCGAGAAGGCCCCACCCUCUCCGGAGAGAACGAGCUGGUGUUUGGAGUGCAGGUGACCUGUCAGGGCCGAUCCUGGCCAGUCCUCCGCAGUUACGAUGACUUCCGCUCCCUGGAUGCCCACCUCCAUCGCUGCAUAUUUGACCGGAGGUUCUCCUGCCUCCCAGAGCUUCCCCCACCUCCAGAGGGCGCCAGAGCUGCCCAGAUGCUGGUGCCACUGCUGCUGCAGUACCUGGAGACCCUGUCAGGACUGGUGGACAGCAACCUCAACUGCGGGCCUGUGCUCACCUGGAUGGAGCUGGACAAUCAUGGCCGAAGACUGCUGCUCAGCGAGGAGGCCUCCCUCAACAUCCCUGCCGUGGCUGCCGCCCACGUGGUCAAACGGUACACGGCGCAGGCGCCCGACGAGCUGUCCUUCGAGGUGGGAGACAUUGUGUCCGUGAUCGACAUGCCACCCACGGAGGAUCGGAGCUGGUGGCGGGGCAAGCGAGGCUUCCAGGUCGGGUUCUUCCCCAGUGAAUGUGUGGAACUCUUCACCGAGCGGCCAGGUCCUGGCCUCAAGGCAGAUGCUGACGGCCCCCUGUGCGGCAUCCCAGCUCCCCAGGGUCUCUCCUCUCUGACUUCAGCUGUGCCCCGGCCACGUGGGAAGCUGGCUGGUCUGCUCCGCACCUUCAUGCGCUCGCGCCCUUCUCGGCAGCGCCUGCGGCAGAGGGGAAUCCUGCGGCAGAGAGUAUUUGGCUGUGACCUUGGAGAGCACCUCAGCAACUCAGGCCAGGACGUGCCCCAGGUGCUGCGCUGCUGCUCAGAGUUUAUUGAGGCCCACGGGGUGGUGGACGGCAUCUAUCGGCUGUCAGGCGUCUCCUCCAACAUCCAGAGGCUGCGGCACGAGUUUGACAGUGAGAGAAUACCUGAACUGUCUGGCCCGGCCUUCCUGCAGGACAUCCACAGCGUGUCCUCCCUCUGCAAGCUCUACUUCCGAGAGCUGCCGAACCCCUUGCUCACCUACCAGCUCUAUGGGAAGUUCAGUGAGGCCAUGUCAGUGCCUGGCGAGGAGGAGCGCCUGGUGAGGGUCCACGACGUCAUCCAGCAGCUGCCCCCGCCGCACUACAGGACCCUGGAGUACCUGCUGAGGCACUUGGCCCGCAUGGCGAAACACAGUGCCAACACCAGCAUGCAUGCCCGCAACCUGGCCAUCGUCUGGGCCCCCAACCUGCUACGGUCCAUGGAGCUGGAGUCAGUGGGGCUGGGUGGGGCUGCCGCCUUCCGGGAGGUUCGGGUGCAGUCGGUGGUGGUGGAGUUCCUGCUCACCCACGUGGACGUCCUGUUCAGUGACACCUUCACCUCCGCUGGCCUUGACCCUGCAGGUAUGCCCGUCCCACCCCGAUAGCCUGUCCCCUUGGCGGGAAGCGAGCCCCCUCCCACUCGCCUGCUGACGCUGGAGGAAGCCCAGGCUCGCACCCAGGGCCGGCUGGGGACACCCACUGAGCCUACCACUCCCAAAGCCCCAGCCUCCCCUGUGGAAAGGAGGAAAGGGGAGAGAGGCGAGAAACAGCGGAAGCCAGGGGGUAGCAGCUGGAAGACAUUCUUUGCACUGGGCCGGGGUCCCAACGUCCAUCGCAAGAAGCCCCUGCCCUGGCUUGGGGGCUCUCGUGCCCCACCGCAGCCCUCAGGCAGCAGACCUGACACGGUCACACUGAGAUCCGCCAAGAGUGAGGAGUCUCUGUCAUCCCAGGCCAGCGGGGCUGGCCUCCAGCGGCUACACAGGCUGCGGCGGCCGCACUCCAGCAGCGACACUUUCCCGGUGGGCCCAGCGCCUGCCGGCUCGUGCGAGAGCCUGUCCUCCUCAUCCUCGUCCUCGUCCUCCUCGUCCUCCUCGUCCUCAGCCUCUGCGUCGUCGGCAGCUGCGCAGGGGGCUCUCUCUGGCUCCCCCUCGCACCGCACCUCGGCCUGGCUGGAUGACGGAGACGAGCUGGACUUCAGCCCCCCUCGCUGCCUGGAGGGGCUCCGCGGGCUUGACUUCGACCCCCUCACGUUUCGCUGCAGCAGCCCCACCCCGGGGGAUCCUGCACCUCCUGCCAGCCCCGCCCCCCCAGCCCCUGCCUCUGCCUUCCCACCCAGGGCGACCCCUCAGGCCCUCUCGCCCCGUGGGCCCACCAGCCCUGCUUCACCCACUGCCCUGGACAUCUCAGAGCCCCUGGCUGUGUCAGUGCCACCCGCUGUGCUAGAACUGCUGGGGGCUGGGGGCACGCCUGUCUCCGUCACCCCAACACCAGCUCUCAGCCCUGGCCCAGGCCCACGGCCCCAUCUCAUCCCCCUGCUGCUGCGUGGAGCCGAGGCCCAGCUGAGUGAAACCUGCCAGCAGGAGCUCGGCAGCAAGCUGUCACUACCCGGGGCUCGGGGACCCCAGGGCCAGCACGGUCCUGGGGCGGACUCACCGCUGCUGCCCCCACCCUUGUCUCUCCUGCGCCCUGGAGGGGCCCCACCCCCACCCCCCAAGAAUCCAGCACGCCUCAUGGCCCUGGCCCUGGCUGAGCGGGCUCAGCAGGUGGCCGAGCGGCAGAGCCAGCAGGAGCGUGAGGGCACCCCACCUGCUCCUCAUUCCCCUUUCCGCCGCUCACUGUCCCUGGAGGUGGGUGGGGAGCCCCUGGGGACCACAGGGAGUGGGCCAAUCCCCCACUCCUUAGGCCACCCUGGAGCCUGGGUCCCAGCACCCCCACCCUACCUACCAAGGCAACAAAGCGAUGGGAGCCUGGUGAGGAACCCGCGGCCCAUGGGGACCUCUAGGAGGGGACUCAGAGGCCCUGCCCAGGUUCCUACUCCUGGCUUCUUCUCCCCAGCCCCCCGGGAGUGCCUGCCACCCUUCCUCGGGGUCCCCAAACCAGGCCUGCACUCCCUGGGCCCCCCGUCCUUCCAGCCCCGCUCCCCAGCCCCAGCCUGGAGGAGCUCUCGGGGCCCCCCGGCAUCACUGGACAGGGGAGAGAACCUCUACUAUGAGAUUGGGGCAGCUGAGGGAUCUCCCUACUCCGGCCCCACCCGGUCCUGGAGUCCCUUUCGCUCCAUGCCCCCCGAUAGGCUCAGUGCCUCCUACGGCAUGCUUGGCCAGUCGCCACCCCUGCACAGAUCCCCCGACUUCCUGCUCAGCUACCCCCCGCCCCCCUCCUGCUUUCCCCCAGACCACCUUGGCUGCUCAGCCCCGCAGCACCCUGCCCGGCGCCCCACCCGGCCUGAGCCCCUCUAUGUCAACCUAGCCCUAGGGCCCAGGGGUCCCUCACCCACCUCCUCUGGCUCCUCCUCUUCCCCUCCUGCCCAUCCCCGAAGCCGCUCAGAUCCCGGCCCCCCAGCCCCCCGCCUCCCUCAGAAACAGAGGGCACCCUGGGGCCCCCGCACCCCUCAUAGGGUGCCUGGGCCCUGGGGCCCACCCGAGCCUCUCCUGCUUUACAGGGCAGGCCCUCCAGCCUACGGGAGGGGGGGUGAGCACCCUCGAGGGUCUUUGUACAGAAAUGGGGGGCAAAGAGGAGAGGGGGCUGGUCCCCCACCUCCCUACCCAACUCCCAGCUGGUCCCUCCACUCUGAAGGCCAGACCCGGAGCUACUGCUGAGCUGGAGCCAGGAGGGCCUUCCUCUCCCCCCUCCCCCUGUGGGAUCCCCCAACCAGUCCCUUGUUUUGUAUUUUUCUUGAGCCCUGAUCCAUACCCCAGGUUUCUAACUUUGUAACUUGCUUCUGAUGUGGGUCCCUAACCUAUAAUUGUAGAGUCCCUACCCUGGGCUAAAGGGCAUGCCCAUCCUCCCACCACCCUCCAUCCUGGGGGCCCUCGCACAAACCCGGGGGAGGCUAGGCUGACGCCCCGCCCCUCUCCCUCCCAGGAGCCCCCAGCAUGUCCUGACCUGUGCACAGGGGGUGGGGGGAGCUCCUGCCUAUCUCCCCCACACGUCCCACUAAACCAUCUGACAAGCUUAAUAAAAUGGUGGAAAUGUG